AUGUCACUGUGGCCGUUUCGUACGGGCAAUGACGAACGGUUUCAAGUCACAAGCACAGAAGAAACAAUAUACGACGCCAUAAAGAAUGAAAUGCCAGCGUACCCGUACGGAACAGAGGUGGACCGGUAUCUGGAGUGGCGGUGGCGGCGUGGGUUAGUGCAAAGCAUCUUUCCUGCCACAUGCUAUGGAGCAUUUGUAGGCUUUGCGGUUGGAUAUCGUCAAGCGCGCGUGGAGGGUCGCUACAUUGGUCGCUACAAAGUCGUGUGGCGCUACAGCUCAACGUUUGCAGCUGUUGGCCUCUUAACAACCGCAUUCCAUCAUGUGCUUGUGGUGCGCAAUAACUACCACGACCGUUUCUACUACCCCAUGAUGGCUGGUGCCUCCGGGGCUGUUGUACUCACAGUAGCCUCACAAAUGGGGACGCUCGGUCAAGGCAUGCUAGCCGGCUCUUUAGUUGGUGUACUCUACACCUUAAGUUGCUACGGCAUGACAUAUUACCACAGGCGGCGUCUCAAAAUGUUCCUUCGUCAGCAGCAGACACAACAAGUUCCCGUGCAUAAGGUGUCUCCUGAGCUUCAACGCAUGUAUAGGGCCUACCUUUAUGAUAACAGACCGUUGGAGGAGAAAGACGUGAUGGUGCGGCGGGCAGUUGUGCUCUCCAUGAGUGAAGAUGACACCUGUUUGGAUGCAAAGCGGGUUUUGCAAAACAUGACGCCGGAGAUAUACGACUGGGUGAAUUUUCCUGACUGGUGGCCACUGAAGUUCCCUCAACAGACGGAAGAGGAACGAAUGAUUUAUGAACGGCAGCGCGACGAGGAAGUGGAGCGGCGAAAACGCGCUUUCCUUGAGACUGAUGAUGGGGCCCUCAUUAAGCGCGUCAAUCGGGCAAAAAAAUACAGAGAUUUAUAG